AUGAAAUUCUUCAUAGUACUCAGCGCUCUGUUUGCCUGCAGCUCGGCGGGACUGAUACGCAGCAGCGGCUGGAGCUCAAAUCCUUGGGGCAGCAGCAUCAGCAGCAGCAGCGGCUGGAACAGCGGCUGGUCCUCCCAGCCCAAGAUAAUUAAGGUAAUCAAAAUUGGCAGCGGCGGCGGCGGCUGGAACAAUGGAGGAGGCUGGAGCGGUGGCAGCAGCGGCUGGAGCAACGGUGGAGGAUGGUCUGGCCAGAGCCUCGGCAGAAGCGGCUGGUCCAGUGGCAACAAUGGCUGGGGCAGCAGCGGCUGGUAGUAAGCAACGCUGGCAACUCUGGGACCUCUCGUUUUCGUUUUCGAUUUGAAUUUAUUGAUUUUUGAUAUUAUAUUACGUAUAUGUAA